UGGAAAGAUUUCAUUGGUUGGAAUUUUUAAUGGAGGAUUAUUUGAACGAAGAAAAAGCUUAGCAAUCUUUGGGGGGGAUGGACAACAUUCAGGUAGCGAUCCGUGUGCGUCCUUUGAUUGCAAAGGAGACAAAUCUGGGACAACAAGAAGUUUGGAAUGUUAAAGAAAACACACUGGAACCCCUUGAUCAGAAUGGCAAACCAGGAGUACCUUAUACAUUUGACAGGAUAUUUGACGAUCAUAUGACAACAUAUGACCUUUUCCAGGAAAUUGCCAAACCUAUAAUUGAUGCUGCUGUGCAGGGGUUCCAUGGCACAAUAUUUGCAUAUGGACAGAGCUCAUCAGGCAAGACUUUCACCAUGACUGGCAGUAACAUGCAACCCGGGAUCAUCAAACUGGCCGUCAAUGAGAUCUUUUCCAGAAUCAAUAAUAUCCCCGACAGAGAGUAUCUAGUUAGAUGCUGUUACAUGGAGAUCUACAACGAAAAGGUGUCUGACCUGCUCUCUUCUGAGGAUAAAAUCAUCAAGAUACAGGAAGAUACAGAGAGAAAUGUGAAUGUGAUUGGUGUGGAGGAACGCUAUGUAAUGAAUGAGAAUGACCUGAAUGCUGUUUUGAAGGAGGGAGAAGCACGAAGACAUAUGGCAGAGACAAAACAAAAUGACAGGAGCUCUCGGUCCCACUGUAUACUACGUGUAAUAAUAGAGAGCAGACAAGUAGAUGAUGAAUCAGCUGUUAUGGUGGCUCAUCUGAACUUUGUUGACCUGGCAGGAUCAGAGAAGGCUGGUGAGAACACGGGGGACAGAUUCCGUGAAGGCUGCUCCAUCAACAAGUCCCUCUUUACCCUGGCUCGUAUUAUUGCUAAACUCAGUGAAGGAGUCAGCAAUCAACACAUUGGCUAUCGAGACUCUAAGCUGACCCGCAUCCUACAGAAUGCUCUGGGGGGUAAUUCCAAGACUGCCAUCAUUGCUACCAUCACCCCAGCCUCUCUGGAAGAAUCACACAGUACUCUCAAGUUUGCCUCCAGAGCCAAAACAAUUUCUAACAAGCCUAAAGUCAAUGAAGUUCUCUCUGAUGCUGCAUUACUGAAAAGAAGCCGGAUGGAAAUCCAAAAGCUGCAGGAGAAAAUCAAUGCGAUGGAAAACAGGGAUGUCAGUGAGUUAAAGGGAGAAAAGGAAGAUUUAGAGAAGAAACUAAGAGAAAAAGAAGAAAUGGAACAAAAAUACCAUGACCUUUUGAACUCUCUGAAGUAUGUCAUCCAAUCCGGAACAACGCAACAAAAAGAGACCAUCCCCCAGUCAAAACGUAGGAAGACUUGGUGUCCAGGAAAGGGUGCCUCCAUCAGCUCCCCAAGACGGUUCAGCUUCAUCAACAGGAUGAACUUCUUUAAUGAGGCAGAGGAAGUUGGUAUUGAAGAUAUUUCUCCUCCCCACAUCAGAAAACGUAAAUCAGACGGUAAAUAUACGGAGCCAGUAGAGAAGAAGCAUGUGUCAUUUCCAGCUGAUCCUGUCAAGAUAGAGGAGGAUGACGAGGCAUUCAUUAUUGACCCUCUAGCCAGGGAACUUCUAGAUAUGCAGGACAAGUAUGAAAAUCUAAUGAGAGACUAUGAAGAACUGAAGAAGGAGAAGAUGGAGAUGGAUGAAUAUCAUUGUCUGGAGUUGGAGACAAACAAGGAGGGAAUGGAGCGGGUGGAACAGUUAGAAGAAAAAGAGAAAAACAACAAAGAAGAAAUAGAAAAAUUAAGGAAACAGCUGGCAGACCUGGAAGAGAAGGUCCUGGAGAAAUCUCAAACAAUGAAGUCCAUGGAGGAUAAAAUGAAUGUUUUAUCAGAUGAAAACUUUCAUUUGGAACAUAGACUACAGAUUCAGAACAAAAAGGUAACAGAAUACCAGUCUGAACUGGAUGGAGUCUGGAAACAAACAGAAGAGGGGGAGGAGGGGAACUCAGAGGUCAAGAGGUUAAAACUAACCAAUGAGCAGCUUAAUUCAGAGCUCGAGAAAUAUCAGUCAUCCAAUGAAGAGCUGAAAUCAGAAAUGGAGAAAUUGAAAGAAGUACAAAGUCUGCAAUUCCAGGAGGUUGAAAAAUUGAAGUCAGCUGAGGGUGAACUGAAGGAAUAUCGAGCCACAGUGGAAACACUUCAAAGCAAAGUUCACGAGCUGGAGAUGACAAUAAAAAUGUUUGAGGAAACAGUUCAAGAAUUUCAAGUUGAAACUAAGCACCUUCAAAGUUUGGUGGAUGAAAAGACUCAAGAACUGGAGGAACAAAAAGCCAGGACUGAACACCACGUAGAUAAUUCAAAUCAGAUUCAGGAAUUCCAACAGAAAAUGAAAUCACUGGAAGAAGAAAUUCAACAACAUCUCUUAGAAAAAGAAAAUCUCAAAGCAAAGACCCAAGAUUUUGAAAACACUUUGGAGAAAAUGGGAGACAAUCUGAAUUGUGUUAAGGAUGAUAAAACAACAGAUGGUGAAUUAGAGAAUAUGAGGAUUAAGUACAAUGAAGCAAACAGAACAAUUACAGAAUUGGAAAAGAAAUUGGAAGACCAUCUUGAUGAAGUUAGAAAACUUUCUGGGGUGAGAGAAGAAAAACAAGAGGAUUUUGAAAACCAAUUGAGUAAAAGGGAAAAUGAAACAGAGGGAUGGAGAGAAAGUCAUGAAAUCAGUGAGAGUGCACACUCGGCAAGAAUAGAGGAGCUGGAGGCAGAGCUACAAGAAACAUUAAGGAAGCACUCUGAGGAGAUGGAGCAUGUCAGAAAGGAAUUGACGGAGUCCUCGGAGAAUUUACAGACUGUAGAGAAGGAACAGUGUGCAAGGUGUGUAGGUAUGAAAGAGAAUGAAACAGUUCACCAUUAUCAACCAAAAGACAAAGAUGUGGAAAAACUGGACAAAAGUAUGAAUGUAAGUUUAGAAGAAGCGGAUGGAGAAAAAGAAAAUACUUCUUUAUUAAGAUUCAGGAAUGACGAAGAAAUUGUGAGACUUGAAGAGAAAAUUGAGGAGUUGCAGGAAAAGAUAGCUGUGAUGGAACAGGAAAAGGAAAAUCUGAAAGAUCCAGCUGAAUUAAUGAGCCAGUUCCAAAAUAUUGUGGAAGUAAUGAAAAAAGAACAUGCAAAAGAAAUACAGAAAAUGCAAGAAGAUUGUGAAUUUAAGCAAGAUAAUGGUUUACAGGAUGAAUUGGAAAGCCUGAAGAGUAAAUGUCAGGAGUUGUCUCAAACCGUGGAUGAAAAAGAAGCUUUAUGUGAAGAACUGAAGGUGGCUGUGACUGAUAAGGAAGCUCUCUGUGUAGAACUUCAUGAGAAAAUCAUGCAGAGUGGGAAUCUGGUCAGGCACCAGGAAAAUGAUACUUGCAUCAACUGCCAAAAAUACAUGGAGGAAAUAAAUGAUUCUCAAAAACAGCUUGCUCUGAAGAAAGAAGAGCUUGAAAAUCUGGAAGAGAGCAUUCGUAAAUUCAAGGAGGAAAAUGAGAAUGUACAUAACCAAAAAUCGGAGAUUUCACCCCUUCAGGAUGAGUUAAAAACUCUUCAAAAUCAAUUAAAUGAAAAUGAAAGCAAAAUUAGCAGACUGCAAGAAGAAAAUGAGAGACUGCUGGAGAGUGCGAAUCUGAAUCGAUCACCUCGGCACCGGUCUGAGAGCUCAAGUCGCAUGAACCAAACUCAGUCAGACAGUAUGGACUACACCGAGAUGUGUGAGAGGCUGUCCCUGGAGAACAUGUCCCUACAGGAACGUGUGGAGGAGCUUCAGGAGGAGGUUGGCAGCCUACAGGAUCAAAUCAAACAUUACCAACAGGAAGUUGAAUGUUUGGAGGAUACUCUGAAAGAAGCCCAGGAAGAAAAUAAAGUGUCACAGAACAAAAUGUGGGAACUUGAAGAGAAGUUGAUAGCUCAAACAGGUCAGAUCAUGAAAGAAACAACAGAGAGUCAGGAAACCCAAACCGAGGACCUCAAUGUAGGGAGACCUCAUUGUGAGGAACAAGCCUCACAGACUGAGGGGCUCCAGGAGGAUACACAGCGAGGACUGCAGGAAAAAUUUUUUGAGAGUGAUGGAAGUCAACUUGAGGUGGUAGAUCAUGGCAAGUCACAGAGGGAAGAGGAAUUGAUUCAGGAGUUGGCUUUGUUAAAAGAACAAUAUGAGGAGCAGGGUCAAGCCAAGUCACAGAGGGAAGAGGAAUUAAUUCAAGAGUUAGCUUUGUUAAAAGAACAAUAUGAGGGCCAGGAUCAAUCCAAGUCACAGAGGGAAGAGGAAUUAAUUCAGGAGUUAACUUUGUUAAAAGAACAAUAUGAGGGCCAGGAUCAAUCCAAGUCACAGAGGGAAGAGGAAUUAAUUCAGGAGUUAACUUUGUUAAAAGAACAAUAUGAGGGCCAAGAUCGAGCCAAGUCACAGAGGGAAGAGGAAUUAAUUCAAGAGUUAGCUUUGUUAAAAGAACAAUAUGAGGGCCAGGGUCAAGCCAAGUCACAGAGGGAAGAGGAAUUGAUUCAGGAGUUGGCUUUGUUAAAAGAACAAUAUGAGGGCCAGGGUCAAGCCAAGUCACAGAGGGAAGAGGAAUUGAUUCAGGAGUUGGCUUUGUUAAAAGAACAAUAUGAGGGCCAGGAUCAAGCCAAGUCACAGAGGAAAGAGGAAUUGAUUCAAGAGUUAGCUUUGUUAAAAGAACAAUAUGAGGGGGAGGAUGAAGCCAAGUCACAAAGGGAAGAAACAUUAAUGCAGGAAUUAACCUCUCUACAGAGUCAACAUGAGGAGCUUGAGGAGAAACUACAAGAUGUGACCAAGAACUGGGAGGAUGCAGAAGAAAAAGUGUUGGAACUGACUCAUUGCUUGGAAGUUACUAAGGAAGAGAUAGAUAACAUGACUCAAAGGCUAGAGAAAUCAGAAACUGAGGUACAGAAUUAUCAGAGACAGAUUGAGAGUUUACAGAGAGGUAUGGCAGACAUGACAGAUCAGAAGGAACAGGAAUAUCUGUCUAAUCAGUGCCAGGAAUUGGAAAUGAAAAUUAAAACAAUGACAAAUGAAAAUGAAAAUCUUCAUACUACUGUAGCAGAGAAGGAAAAACAAGUUUCAAAUCUAAAACAGCAAAUUUGCUUACUAGAGGAAACUCAAAUGGAUUUUCAGACAGAACUUCAAAAAUUAGAAGUAGAAAAGAAAUCGUUAGAAGAAACAGUUUUAAACCAAUCAAAACUCACAUCAGUUGACGACCAAAAUGAAAAAAUAUAUAAUCUUGAAGAAAAAUUAGAGGCUCUAGCAUCAGAAAAUGGUAAACUUAAAGCAGAAAUAGACGAGAAAAAGAAAGAGUAUGCCAAACAGGAGGACGUUCUGCAGACUCGAUGGGAGCGAGUGAUGGAACUAUCUGACGAAGUCAGCAGUGUGCGCGAAGCCAUGGAGGAGGUGGAACAGUCCCUGUCGUCUGCAUCAGAGGAAAUUCACGGAUUGAAACUGAGGAACCUACAGCUGGAGUCCACGGUCAGGGAGAAGGAGGGCGAGGUGUCGGAUCUCCAGGAACAGUGUCAGUUCCUGGAGACUGAGGUGGAAAGUCUGAGGUCAGAGGUCAACAACCUCAACGAGGAGCUCAGUCAGGCUUUAGAUCGGAAUGUGAGCAGUUCCGGCCAAGAUGAAAUAGAGUCCAAGAUAGCAGAGAAAGAGUCUUUGAUCAGCUCCUUACAGAGUCAACUUCAGGCUGUGGAGAGUGAACUGAAGGCAAAUGAAGAAAAGGUGAAAAAUAUUACCUCAUCUGUCCAAGACGAGGUGGAGGAAAAAAUCACUCUUAAAGACAAGGAAAUAGAGUCAUUGAGGAUUCAGCUUGAGGCACUACAGAAUAAGCUGAAGGCUAAAGAUGCGGACCUUCAACUUGCUUACAACCAAAGCAUCUCAAGUUCCGGUCAAGAGGAAAAGUUCCAGGAGAGGAUGAAUAAGAAAGAACAUGAGCUUCAAUCCCUUCAGACAAAACUUAUGGACCUCCAAGCACAAGUAGAGAAGGAAGGAGUUCAGGAAUUACAUUAUACAAUAUCACAGCUGGAGAGUAAAGUUGAACAAUAUUCCCAGAGAAACAGAGAGCUGCAGCAGUCGUUGAUCAAGCUGGAGGCAGGGGCCAGUGUUCCUCAGACACUACAGAAAGAAAUGGAAAAAGUCCGAAAUGAAAACGAGACAUUGAAAAAAGAGAGGGAGCAAUUUCAACUGGAAGAAAAAAUGAAGAGGAGUAAAUUAGUAUCAGAAUUUAAUUCUCAAAGGAUGACCAUCAAAAAGCAUGAAAAAACAAUCCAAGAGCUUCUUAAAGAGCUUGAUGAAGUGGACUCUAAGGCAGUAGAGAAAGAAGUUCUAGAUAAAUUAGCAAGAGAAGAAAAAGAGAAUGACAGAUUAUGGGCCAGUAUUGAGGCCAAGGAAAAAGAAAUCCGGCACCUCAAAGGUUACCAGAGCCAAACUGUGGACCUAGCUAAGCAGGUGGCAGAGUUAGAAAGAAAUAAAAAGGAGUUGGAGGCAAAACUGAGGGAGUCUAAGAAAGCUACAGUAGAGAAAAGUGAUGAGGAGAUAUUCACUCCACAUGCAAGAGAGCUAGCGGACAAGAAGCGGGAGGUAUUUGCCCUCCGCAUGGAGCUUGAGAAGGUCAAAGACUCUGCUAAAGACCGGGAACAGGCUUACGGUGAAACUGUGGACAGAUAUGAGAAGAGAAUAUCGUCCUUAAAAAAUGAAAUAAGACGUCUCCAGCAGGAUAAUGAAACCAGUGUUCUUGUGCCUUGUUCAAUGAAGAAGACAUUAUUCGAAGAACCAACAGAAAAGCCAUGCAACACAAGCAGCCAAUCUAACGUCAGCAGCAGUGAGGCGGGCGUCUCGUACAAAGCCUCGUGUUCGGGGGCCGUGGACCAGUACAGCAACCUCCUGCUGAAGAACGAGAACAAACGCCUGGAGAAGGAUAACAAGAAACUGGUGGCCAAACUGACACAGCUAGAAGCGGAACUCAAGCGCUACAAAGAAAACCGCAAGAAAAGUGAAGAAAAGGAGAAAAUUAGUGAAGGAAAGGAGAAGAUGUCAAGUGUUGUCAAGAAAGAACCACUUGAAGAUUCCAAGUUGACACAGCUUGACUUUUCCAUACCCAAAGCACCAGUUAGUGUUCCAGUGCAGAGUGGGUUUAGGAAGAUUGAGCCGUCAUCUAAAAGGAAAGAGUUGUCCACAGACGAUAUUGAUUCCAAAGACCAGUGUGCCACCCAAUAAAUGGACAUUUUAUGGGAGUUAUGUCUCCUCCCAUUUAAUUUAUAAAGUAAAAUGUCAAUGAACUCCCAUUGAAAAUUUUAAUUGUUAAACUACAUUGUUCUUUAAAGUCUAUAGAACAACUAUAGGGAUACUGUGUAUGUCAAUGAUCUCUCUCUCUCUUUUCUUUUCUGUUCUCUGAGGACUAUUUUUACCCAGGUUUUACAUUGCUAAAAUUUACAGAAUAUUGUUCGUGUAUUUAUGUAUAGACUUUGUACAGUGUACAUAUAGAAUUUUUAUAUUUGAUGAUAUGUACAUGUAAAAUAAAGUGCCUCGUCCACUUUACA